AGUGAGAGAGCAAAGAAGAAGGAAUCAAAAGAAGCUUUGAAGCUAUGGCGUUCGCCGAGAGAACUGAGACGAAGACGACGCUGCUUCCACUUCUUCAUAAGCAAGUAGGAAAUGAUGAGCUGAAACCACCGCCUGCUGGAUCCGCCAUGACUAAGAAAGGAGCUUAUGCUGCUGUUUCUUAUAUGGCUUCCGCUGGUUCUUCUUUUUCACUUUCUCCUUCCAUGUUUCUAUGCUGUUUUAGGAUUUAUUCUACGUUUGGAAUAUUGCAUGGAAACUAGAAAUACUCUCCUCUGCAUUUUUGUUCCAUACGUUUAGUGACAACGAGGCCUAUCUUUGCCAUAGUAUGAUAUUGUUCGAUUUAAACGUAAACUCUUAUGACUAUGCUUUUGGUUUCACAAUAAAAUUUUCCAUACCAAUGGAUAUAGUUGUCUGCAUUUCCAACAUCCUUCCCUCAUCGAGCCUGAUAGUCAUCCUUCUGUCUAACUCUUAUCUAGACUAACUCCUCUCACUGGAGCACACCAUUCAAGUCUCAUUCGACACUUAAGGAUCCUAACGGCACAUUUAAGUUACGAGCAUGAAUCAUAUACCAAUUUUUAGUGUCAAAAAUGCCUCUAGAUAUCUUCAUACAAGUGUGAUAUUGUCAACUUUGGGCUUCAAGACUGGUGACAUUGCUUUUGGUUUCACCUUAAAAGGUCUUGUACAAAUGAAGAUAGUUUUCUGCAUUUGUAACAGUCCAUACUUCAAAUACCACUUGUUUGUUCCUAUUUUCACUUUUGGAUUCUUCCUAAUCACUUUGGCAUGCUUUGAGGAAUGAGGAAAGAAAGAAAUUGACAAAGUGACGACAGAUGUGUGGAACAACAACUGAAUUUCUCAUUAUUUCACUUAAAAGUCUUGUUUUCAUUUCAGAAAAGGGAGGGGUGGGACAAAAAUAUGUAUGUUUGAUUUUGUAGAUAGUGCUGUUUGAUUUUUGAAGAAUGUUUGGAUGAAUCUUCGCUUCAGUUUGAGAGAACAAUAAUAUACUGAGUGUAUGUUAUAUUAACUGAAUCGUGAUGGAUUGCGUUGGAAACUGGAGGAGGAUCGCUUUCACAGUGAGAGAGAAACACAAACACCAAAUUAUUUGAGAUCAUCAUUGUUUAAGGCUUGUUUGGAAUGACUUUCUACAACUUAGUUUGACUACUAGACUUUUCAAAGUGCCUAUAAAGGUCUAGAGAAUAAAGUAGUGUAUAAAGUACUUAUUGGCUCACUUCAAUGAAAGUUGUUUCAGUAAAAAAAAAAAAAAAGAAAGGUACUUAUUGGCACACUCACUAUAUGGAUAUGAUGGGUUGAUAGACAGAGAGUUAGCAAGCAAGUUGUGGGUCUUUAGAGAAGGAUAGUGAGGGAGAGGUAGUGAGUGCAUGGUGGGACUUGCAAGAUGAAAGCACUUUUUAGUGGAGUACGAAUGUGAUAAAAUCUAUAGUGCUAGUGAGAUGACAAGGUUGAAUGGUGGUGGAGGCUGCCUAUCACGCUUAAAAAGUUUGAAAGCAAGGUCCUUUCACACCAUUUUUUACCUACCAUGUAUAAAUUUUUUUUUUUUAAUAAUUAUUAUUUUAUUAUUUUUUUUCCUUCUUAUUUGUCUUUUACAAAAUAAUGCAGCGAGAAAUGGUUCAUUGAGAAUACCAUCAUGGGUAAAUCUUUCAAUAAAGUGAUCCUUUUGGCCUAAUGGUAAAAAGGAGGCAUAGUCUCAAUAAAUGACUAAAGGGGUCAAGGAUUCAAUCCACGUUCUGUUGCUAAUGUUCAACAAAGCAGCUCUUUCUUCUUACAACUUUCCAUGUGCUAAUGUCAUCACUCUUUUCCAGAUUAUGUGUUCAUGCACACUUCUAUAUGCAUUGCGCCGUUGGAAGAUUAUCUCUUUCACAGUGGGUGGUGAAUCUCAAAGCAUCAGUGUUGGAAGGUCAAUGAUCCUUGUACCUUUCAAAACUUUGGUUAAAACACUUCCCCUCGCCUUAUCAUAUUUGUUUUACAUGGUUGUAACUAUGGAAUCCGUUCGUGGGAUCAAUGUUCCAAUGUAUACAACAUUGAGGAGAACUACUGUAGCAUUUACAAUGAUUGCUGAGUACUUGUUGACUGGCCAGACUCAUUCACCUUUUGUUGUUGCGAGUGUGGGGAUGAUUAUACUUGGCGCAGUGGUGGCUGGAUCCAGGGAUUUGUCAUUUGAUACCUACUCCUAUGCUGUGGUCUUCGUUGCAAAUAUAUGUACUGCUCUAUAUCUUGCCUUUAUUGCUCGUAUAGUACUUCCAGGGAAAUCCAGUGGUCUGAAUACCUUUGGCCUUAUGUGGUGCAAUGGGGUAAUAUGUGGGCCUCUUUUGCUACUCUGGAUAACAAUCAGGGGAGAUGUCGAAACAACAUUAAAUUUCCGUUACCUAUUUUCAUUCGGCUUCCAGUGUGUGAUGCUUCUCUCCUGUAUAAUGGCUUUCUUGAUCAACUACUUUGUAUUUCUAAAUACAACUCUCAAUUCAGCACUGACACAAACAGUCUGUGGUAAUUUGAAGGAUGUUUUUAGCAUUGGGGUCGGCUGGUUUCUGUUCGGCGGACUUCCCUAUGAUUUCCUUAAUAUUGUUGGGCAGUCACUUGGCUUCAUGGGAUCUUGCUUGUAUGCCUAUUGCAAGCUUCAUGGGAAAUAAGAUAUCAAGAUGAGGCUGCCUUCUAUGCUUUGGAGUCAUCUCUUAUAUACAAAAAAGAAUGUAUAGGUUAAUGUUGUGCUGACUUCUGCUUGCUUGUCAGCUCCCAAAUUUUGAUGCAAUCAUUUCACGUUGUGAAAAUGCCAAGGAGGAAGGAUGUAGAACAUCUAAGUUUAUUUUUCAUAUAAUUUUCUAAGUGAAUCUCUCACACCCACCUCAAAAAAUACUUCUUUGAUUAGGUCGGAUAAAUAUAAAAUCAAAAGUUAGUUUCAGUUUGGAA